UUAAUUUCCCAAAAAAUUAGCGAGGAGAGAGAGAUGACCGGAGAAGAAGUGGUGGGCCCCGCCGGCCCAAAGGUCGUUCGCCUGCUCUAUUUCUUCGGCGCCGGAUACAUAUGCACGGCGGUGAUCAACAAGUGGAGAGAUAUUCAACGGAAGUCCUUUCAAUUACCGGAGAAGCCGUCAAAUGCGGUACAGAAAGCAGUCGAAUAACAAUCAAUCGCCUCGUGUUUUAGGGUUUCAUCAAAGCUCAUUUUUCAUGCAGGCAAAGACAAUAUGUCCCUCAGAUCCACAUGUUUAUAACAAACUUGGAGUUGUUGCUCAUCAUAUGAAGGAGUAUAAAAAAGCCGUGCAGUGGUUUGAGAAAACUUUGGCUCACAUUCCAUCAUCUUUAAGCGAAAUGUGGGAACCAACUGUGGUUAAUCUGGCCCAUUCAUUGAGAAAAUUAAAGAGGUACCAUGAGGUGAUUACAUACUAUGAGAAAGCACUUGCACUAUCAACCAGAAGUUUGAGCACCUAUGCAGGUCUUGCCUACACUUACCAUUUGCAGGAUAAUUUUACUGCAGCAAUUACCUACUAUCACAAGGUUUUAUGGCUGAAACCAGAUGAUGAGUUCUGCACAGAAAUGUUGACAUUAGCUCUGGUGGAUGAAUGCUGCCAUGGUGUAGAGCCCAAAAUGGAUUCUCGUCAAAUCGAUUUAUUUUUAUGUUGAGAGCAUGAAAAUUACUGCCCAUGUUGUAUUUUAUGUAGCCAAUAUAUAAAUUAGACAUGAUAUACUAGGUAUAUUUUUUGCUGUAUCAGUAGAAGAAAUAUCUGGCAUUUUACUCGUUUAUUUAUUUUGCAACCUGCUGGCACAUAUUGAAGCCUUUGAACUGAAUAAUUUUCAUCACCUUUGAUUUGUACAAUGAUCCUCUUUCUCACAUA